AUGAGGCCAGAUGCACAUCAGCAACAAGCGUCUAGACGCUGGAACAAGGCGCAUCCUGAAGGGAGAGGCGGGUCAACUACCGGACGCGGUGGAAGAGGGAGAGGAGCUCCAAAAUCAAGAGCUUCUUCAUCAAAUGUUGCGCCCAACACUACAAACUCAGAAGAGAUUGACCAUCAAGAAGAUGGCGAUGAUGUAGAUCUUGAUAAUGAAGAAGGCCUUGGCCAAAAAUCAUUCUCGAGGAGGAAGAUUGAAAGCAACGAGUAUCGUUUUGUGGAGGUUGUUGAAGUUGAUAUUGAUGGUCGCCCAGUUCCAGUAGAGCCGGAUCUAGAGGAAGAGGCUUCCAAAAAGGUGAUGGCUGAAGUCCGAGAAUCGCUAAAGACAAAGGAUAAUUUUCAAGAAUUGAAGUUGAACGAGGAUGUUGAUAUAGGGAAGCUGGCAAAUAGUUUAAAGCAGGCAGCUCCCGUUAAGAAGAAGCUGGACCUGUCGAAAUUCGCAAAGGCACCUGCUUCAUGA